UUUAGCUGUAUAAUUAGUCUCAUAAUGGUUUUGAUGUCUGAUUGUGAGCCACCUAGAGGUUCUGUGGAGCAGUGGGCAGCAUACAAAUGUUUUAAAUAAAUAAAAAAUAAAUAAAAUACAGUCAGCUAAACUGAGCAAGAGCUUUCCAAGAACAUGUACAAGAAGCGCUACCUGGGGUUCUGCUUUUUAUCUUUCCUGCAACGUGUUCCAUGCACACACACACAUUCCAAGGACCCCCAGAGUUUAUGAGCUUUUCCACACUCCCUGACCUUUUGUAAUCAUGAGUCAUGAAUAAAAAAUUAGCUGGCGGGUGUGCAUGUCAUGUGAAUUGGUGAUUUCAAGGUAUGAAAACCUCUAAAGCCAGCAUGACAGAUGAAACUCCGCACAGCAGAGAACCCGCAGAAGGUCAAUUGUCCAUGAAAGCACAUAGAAUUGCACCAAUGCGCAGUAAACAACCGGGACAGAGAGCAGACAGAAAUCAGCUUGUGGCACAGGUGUGUGAACUGAGGCCGACUUAGUUGCAGAGUGCGUCUUAAAGAUAAUAACCGCACCGCUUAGUUAAUUUUGAGGUGUUCAACAGAAGGUAAUUCAGCUGUUAAACUGAAAUCUUAAUGAGCACUCUUUCAAUGACAGAAAGCCCUUCCAAGUUCUGACAUGCCUCUGAAUCUGCACUGGGAGCAAAAGCUGAUACAGCUUAAAGAAUUUUUCAAAUCAUGUGGAACUUCAGCGUGACGGAUUGUUUUCCAGGUUUCAUGUUAUGAAAUGCCUUUGUUUAUUACAUCUGAGUUCCCCCACCUUCCUCCAAGCAGCCUGAGUCAGCAUCUAUGGGCUCUCGCCCUCCAUUUCAUCCACACAAGACGCAACAUCCUUGCGAGUUGACUGGGGAAGAUGAGUCCUGUGGUGAAGGGGCCUUUGCAGCUUUACCGCUACCUGCUCCGUUGCUGCAAGGAGCUUCCAGGGAAGAACGUGCAAGAUCACUACAGGCACGCCAUCCGGCAGAGCUUCCGGGUCCAUGCAGAUGAGGAUGACCCUCAGAGAAUUCAGCAAAUCAUCCAGAGAGCCAUUGAGGAUGCCAACUGGGUAAUGCAAAAAUAUAAGAAACAGAAGUAAAAGGGAAAGUGGACAGAGAGGCAGCAACUUCUGUUCUGACCUGACUGGAUUGAGAAGUCUGGUUUGAGAAUAACAACCUCUUACCAGAACCCGGGACACAGCUGCCCUGACUGUAAAAUGCAGUGCUCUACCUCAACUACGCAAGGUUGUGUUUUAGGAAUUUCAUGCCUGUUGCCCAUCAUUGUUGCUGAAGCAAGUUGUAUGUUACCAAGCACAACCAAACUUUGAUUGAAGUUUUGAAUGCUGAACACCAAUCAGAACUGAAGUCAAUGGACUGAGCUUACUCUGAGACUGUCCGAAGAUCGCCGUGCCAAAGUUGUACUUUGCCUAACAAUGCAAACAAUGUAUUCAGCCUAACAAUGAUUGUAGCUUUGUGUUUCUGGAAUUUGGAAACAGUAGAUAACCUUUGCAAUUAAAUGUUCCUGGAUUGCACCUUUAAUGUAUGAACACCUGAACAUGAGCCAGCAGUGUGAUGCAGCUGCUAAUAAAGCUAAAAUCAUCCUUAGUUGCAUUCACAAGUUAAAGCAAGUCAGUAUUUUGUACUGCUCAGGCUGCACCAGGAAUAUUAGGUUUAGUUUCAGCUGCUGUAUUUUUCCCGUUGCAAGCAACUCAAGGCAGCUUACAAGAGUCACCUGCUCUUCUCUGUUUUAUCCUCACAACAACAACCCCGUGAGGCAGGCUAUGCCCAAAGUCAUCCAGCAAACUUCCUAGCUGAGUAGUAAUUUCCUUUGAUUUUAAGCAAAUAAAGAUUACUUGAUUGAA